CUCCACUCGAUAUCUAUACGAAACAACACUUUGCUCCUCUUCCCUGUGUGAGCAGCAAUGGACGAGUCUUGGCGGAUGCGCAUGGGAAUGCACGUCCGUUCUCCGCCGCGGCCCACGGCCAGGACUCCCCCGCCGUCGGACUUCGCGAGGAGGACGCCGCUCUCCGAGAACCUCGACCCCGACGACUUCUCCGACGUCUUCGGCGGCCCGCCACGUACUGUCCUCCUCCGCAAGUUCUCUGGCGACUUCGCGCCCUCCGAUCCUGCCUCCAGCUUCUAUGACGAAGUGUUCCGGCCGCCGGAGUUCGCCUCUCCUGCGAAGAAGUCUGGCCGUAGCCUGCCGGCUUUCAGGAUCCCGGCGGCUGCAGCGGAGCUGUUCUACGGCGACGUGUUCGGGUCGGAUGGGGACCGGAGGUCGAGAGAGAGGUCGAGGCCGGGGUCGAAGGUAAUGUCGGGGUCGAAGUCGAAGUCGAAUUCGUCGUCAGCUUUGAGCUCGGAGGAGCUGAGCCCUCUCCGGCCUAUGAUCGGAGACGACGUGGGACUGUCAUCUUUCGCUUCAAAGCUCAGGCCGAUCAACGUGCCGUGUCGAUGGAAUUCGAUCGCAACUGCUCCUGGUGAUCAUCUAAAGAAGCAAGGAAUUCCAGCAUUUCCCUACAGCCAACCUUCAUGGCCCGAAGAGCGACUUACCGAACAAGAACACAAAUCGAACUCAAGAUGCUCGUACAAUGGCUUUGCGCGGACGCUUCCGUCGCCGGAAUCUGUUACCGAAGAACCGAGCUCGCGCCACCAAAUGAAAAUACCGGUCGAGGAUGAUGACAUGGAGAUCAACUCUCCCUCGUCCGUGAUCUCUUCGCUCUGUCAAGAUCCUGAAGGCAACAACCUCAGCAUCCGAGAUGGGGUUCACGUGGUCCGGGAACGAGAGAUAGAGGACCAAGACGAAGAUGAGAUAUCGGGUUCUUUUGUCAUUGAGAUCGGUGCUUCGAAUCGCCGAGAUGGCUCAGGCGAAGCAUUGGGGAUCGACGAGGCGAUCGCGUGGGCCAAGGAGAAGUUUCGAGCACCGGGCAACGGGAAAGACCGAUGGAGCGUGACAGAGCUCCAGAACCAAAACUCUCCGGAAACUGAAGAGAGAUCAAAAGCUAGCGAAUUUCUUGACACAAGCAGACAUAGCAAGAUGCAAUGUUUAGAGGAAGAACAAGAUGAGCAGAAGAGAGAAGAUGGCAGCGCGCAAUCAGAGAACGACAAGGAAAUGGAGCUGUUGGAUCAGAACUUACGGGAGUGGUCGGCCGGCAAAGAAACAAAUAUCCAGCUAGUCCUCUCGACACUGCAUCAGAUCCUCUGGCCGAACAGCGGUUGGAGCUCGGUGCCCUUGACGAGUCUCAUAGAGAGCUCUCAAGUGAAGAAGGCUUACCAGAGAGCAACGCUGUGUCUCCACCCGGACAAGCUCCAGCAGAAAGGAGCGACAGUUCGGCAAAAGUACGUCGCCCAGAAGGCCUUCUCAAUCCUCCAGGAAGCUUGGGGUGUGUUCAUCUCUCAGAACGCCGUCUUUAGCUAAGGGCAAAAAUGGGUGGGAUCUGAACAUUCUUCGUUGCCUCGGAAAGCAGAUGGAUCUUGAAGUUUCGGCUAGGAGAUCGAGUUCGAAGCAGCAUCUUAACGAUCACCAUGGCUAUUCCCAUACCGGACUCUCCGUGCGCUUGAAUCACACCUGAACAUCGCUCGGAUAACUGUUGUAACUAUAGUUCUCUGUUUGCGUUUGGUGCAUCUUGACAUAUUCCAGUCUGCCUUCUGCUUUGUCAAUAGCUAGAAAAGGAGAUGAAAACUGACUGUUGAUUUUGCGAAUAUGAUGUGAGUUUCCGCUUUGGCUUGAUGUAAUAUGGACAUUCUCCAGACAGUGAGUUCUUUUAGCAAGAUGACUUUAUAGUGAGGAUUGAGAGUCAAUAUCAUAAAUUGAUAG